UUGGUGGCAGCACCAUCGUAUUGUGUUGCCUCCGCCGUAGUUUGUAAACAAAGCGUCUGUACGUUAGCCGGCGAAUUUUGGAAAAUCCGCGAUCAUCUGUGACCACAGACUUAAUUCGCGAGUGAAUUUAAUCGCAAAAAAGAACUAUGUCGAUCGGCGUGCCGAUUAAAGUGCUUCACGAGGCCGAAGGCCAUAUCGUGACGUGCGAAACCAACACCGGCGAAGUGUACCGCGGCAAACUGAUCGAGGCUGAAGACAACAUGAACUGUCAAAUGACAAACAUUGUGGUCACUUACAGAGACGGUCGCACAGCUGAACUGGAAAAUGUUUUUAUUAGAGGCUCGAAAAUUAGAUUCUUGAUACUGCCUGACAUGUUAAAAAACGCACCAAUGUUCAAAAGACAAGGACAAAAGGGCGGUGGUGGUGCAGCCGGCAGAGGAAAGUCAGCCAUUCUCAGGGCGCAAGCCGCGAGAGGUCGAGGGCGUGGAGGCAGAGGAAGAGGAGGCAGUUGGCAAGGCCAGGGUGGCCCGGGAGGCGGCGGUGGCGGCGACAAGGGUGGCCGGCGAUGAAAAGCUGAUCCUGCAUCUCACUGGCUUGCUUCGCGUUCAUAUUUUUCACUUCCAACUCGUAUUAGUGAGGAAUGAAGAGUCCUCUUUUAACAGCAAGCACAUCAUCUAUUAUUUUUUUUCUGUGAAUUUGUCUGUAGAGAGGAACAAAUAGAUUUCGACGGUUAUUCCUUGUCACUCCCAAACAAAUCCAAUUACAUACACAAAUUGUAAUUGUCUACUAAGGUAAAUAAAACUGGAAACCCCACUCA